UUUGCAAAUAGCUCGCGGCCAGCGAAAACGUAUUUAAGAGCUAUUCAGCAAAUUGAACUAAAGAAGUUGCACGCGACCAACCAGUGGCCAACAAGCGCAAUCGGAGCCAUCGACAACUACUAAAUCCAUAAAUACUGCUGAAAGAUGAUUGUGCGACUCGAUUCGAUAUUUGCGCUGCUCGCGUUGAUCGCCGCCUUUGCGCUGACCCAUGCCCACUUUCCCGAGUAUUGCGCCGAGUGCGAGCAGGAGAUCUGGGAGCAGGUGCCGUGCAGUGAGCUAAGCACCACGACCAUUUUGCCGCCCACAACAACAGCGUCCACACCAAGGCCGAUCAUUACAACAACACCGUCGCCAACGACUGUGAGACCCACGGUGCCCUCCACAUUGCCCUGGACCACCACCCGGCUGCCAAUCAUUACGACGCCACCGACGCCGUACAUAACAACACCGUCCACCUUCAAGAAGUGCUACUGUGAGUGCAAGCUGGGCUGCAAGGAGUUCUGCCGCAAGGUGUCCAUAGCCAGUCCCAAGCAGCAAAUCACACAGAUCUCAUCCACGGGCGACUAUGCGCCCGGCGGCCAAAUCGAGUAUACGCACUCGCACCAGCGCAAAUACUAUCCUAAGUAUGCGGCGCCCAGCAAGAGCUACAAGCCCUAUCCUGUGGUGUACAGUGAAGCGGCGGUGGCGGCGGCAGAGACGGAGGCGGCAUCCUCGCCAGCGUCGAACAACAUUAAUGCGCCCAACUACACGCUGGAGGAGCUGGCGCAUCUGCUGAGCACCGCCUACGGCACCAAGAAGGGCUAUCCGGCCAGCCCACCACCACCACCACCACCACCACAACAGCAGCCAUCGGUUUACUACUUACCGCAGCCUCUGGUGGCCCGUCUCCAGCCAGAGUACAGACAGGUGAUCAGCAAGGUGGCGGCGCAGGUGCCCAGGGAGCGGGUGAUAAUCCGAACAGCCGCAGCAGCGGUAGGAUCAGGACGUGCCGUGGCCAAGGCCAAGACGCCAUAUGGCGAGGUGGUGGCAACAUCAGCGCCCAUCUAUGAGAGCACCACAUCGUAUCCGAUUCCGCCACCAGAGACGCCCAAAUCGUAUCCAGCGCCCGAGCCUGAGCCCGAGCCAGAGCCUGUGCCCGUGCCAUUGCCCAUGCCCCAAACCGAGGCAUAUCCCUCACAGACGGAGGCGUAUCCGGACAAGUCCUACGAGACACCCGAGUCGAAUUCGAUAAAACCAGAGUCUGCGUCGUCCUUCGAUCUGGCUAUCGAUAACUAUCUCAAGGACUUCGGCUAUGACAACCAAGUCAGAGACUUGGGCUACUAAUCCGAAAAGUCCUCAGUUGUUAUUAGUUGUUGUUAGGUUUAGAGCUAUGCCUAGAUAUAUGUCUGCAUCCGCACGUACAUAUGUAUUUAGUCUGAUAACGCAUUGUCCAAGUAUUUAUUUAUUUAUUUCUCUUUGUUUUUUAUUGUGAAAACAUGCGUUGUCUUGUUGAAAAUAAUAUAUACGAUCAAUGAUUACAUCAAA